AGUAGUAGUAGUUGGGGUUUCAAACAUAAAAAUUAAAGUCUGCGCCAUACCGUUUGUUUAAGUCGGCGAUGGUGGACUUUGAGAAUUUGGCCACUUUCUCCGGCACAGAGUUUUUGUGAAGGAAAAAAAAAAAAAAAAAUCCUAAUCGAAAUCGCCGAUGGAUUUUAGAUUCUCUGUGGUGGUUUACUUGUUGAUACUUGUACUUGCGAAUUCUUUUGAUGUUGUUGAUUCAUCAGAUUCCUUUUAUGUUUCAAGAAACACAAGUCUCGUUUCCCCAGGCGGUGUCUUCGAGCUUGGAUUUUUCAGUUUUGGUGAUCGUUGGUAUUUUGGGAUAUGGUACAAGAAGAUCCCUAAGAGAACCUACGUUUGGGUCGGGAACAGAGACAUACCUCUCUAUAACUCUAACGCAACUCUUGAAAUCUCUGGUGCUAACAUCGUUCUCCUCGAUAGUAACCACCGCAUCAUCUGGGAUACUGGGAGAGGAAACGAGAUAUCCCCGGAGCUGGUGGCGGAGCUCCUGGCUAACGGAAAUUUGGUGCUGAGAAACAAGGAUCCAGGAGAUUACUUGUGGCAGAGUUUCGAUAAUCCCACAGACACAUUACUUCCGGAUAUGAAACUCAGAUCCUCCAAAGUCCCAAAUUUUGGGUCACGUCGAUAUCUGGCAUCCUGGAAAGCACCAAAUGAUCCAGCAAAAGGAAACUUCAUCUUCGGCAUGGAUGGUGAUAAAUUCCCUAGGAUUCUCAUAAUGCAGGGAGAGGAAAUCACCAAAGUGUACCGGAGUGGUGGUUGGAAUGGAAUCGAAUUUGCUGACCUACCCCUGGUCUUCAAUUCUACCAACGAAGAUGGUGAAAGUACUUUUGUGUAUCAAGACAACGACCUUUACUCAAUAGUCACAUUGACGCCCGACGGAGUAUUGAACUGGUUAACAUGGAAUCAGAGAUCACAAGAAUGGACCUUGCGAUGGACUGCAUUACUUACUUAUUGCGACCGUUACAACCAUUGUGGCGCCAACAGUUAUUGCAACGCGCACACGUCCCCGCCAACGUGUAAUUGCAUCACAGGUUUUGAGCCAGGGACCUCAAGAAACGUCACAGGAGGAUGUGUUAGGAAAACACCAGUGAGCUGCAACUGCAAUCGAUUCUCUCAGCUCACGAAAAUGAAGUUGCCGGAUACAGUGGAUGCCAAACAGUACUCCCCAUACGAAUUGAAAACUUGUCGAGAUAUGUGUGUCAAAGACUGUCAUUGCACGGCAUAUACAGUGAUUGUCUAUCAAAAUGGCACCUCAUCAUCAAACUGUGUGACUUGGAGCGGCGACCUCCUCGAUCUACAAAAUUACGCCAUGGCCGGUCAAGAUUUGUAUAUCAGACUCAAUGGUAUAUAUAUGAUGUUCCACAAUUAUUUUCUAAGUUGUUCACACUUUCGCUUACGACUCUCUCUGUUUAUUUUGGUUAUAGGAAAAACAAAAAACAAAAGUCGACUUAUAAUAGGUUUGAGCCUUGGAGCCACUGCUGCCGUCAUCAUCAUUGUAAUUCUGUUAGUGCUCUGUAUUUGGAGAAGGAAACAAAAUCAAGCAAGAGCAACUGCAAUGGAUGAAAUGCAAAGUAAUGAAGACACGUUUGGAGCAGAAGAAACAGAGACUCUUGCAAUGGAUAUAAUACAAAGUAAUGAAGACAUAUUUGGAGCAGAGGAAACAGAGACUCUGCAACUUCCACCCAUGGAUUUUGGAUUAAUACUAAGAGCCACAGAGAACUUCUCUGAUGCUAAUGAGAUUGGACAUGGUGGUUUCGGUACUGUAUAUAAGGUACAAUAUUAUAAUCCUACUUUUCAAUCAAGUCUCCGAGUUAGGUCUCCCAAUAUUAGAACUUCAAUCUUCAUUCCCUUUGUUUUCAGGUCCUUGUAUCAGUUGACUAUUGAUAUGUAAGAAUGUUUCUUACUAAAAGAUUUAUGAAUAUAAAAAGAUUCAAGAUUUAAAGCAACCCUUUC